AUGGCGCUGGUGACGGUGCGGCGGGCGGGGGGCUCCGCCGGCGGCCCCGCGGAGGAAGAUGCUCCCAGACGCGGCCAGCUGCAGCGACGGCAGAGCUUCGUCAUGGUCAAGGGGGCUGCGCGGCUCCUGCCUGCCGAGGAGCCCCCCCCGGCCGAGCCCCCUCCGGCCGAGCCCCCCUGCCAGGCCCCGGGACAGCAGGAGCGGCACCUGCACCUCAUGAUGCAGCUGCUGCGCCCCCAGGACGCCAUCCGGCUGGCGGUGCGGCUGGAGUCGGCGCGGCCGCGGCGGGUGCGGUACCUGCUGCUGGUGCGGCCGGAGGAGGCGGGAGCCGAGGCGGAGACGGCGCUGCUGGGAGUGGAUUUCGCCCACGAGGGGGCCAGCCGCUGCACCCUGGGCAUGGUGCUGCCCCUCUGGAGCGACACCCAGGUGUUCCUCGACGGCGAUGGGGGGUUCAGCGUGACAUCAGGGGGAGAGACACGCAUCUUCAAGCCCAUCUCUGUGCAGACCAUGUGGGCCGCGCUGCAGGAGCUGCACCGCGCCUGCGAGGACGCGGCCCGCGGCGGGCACAUCCCCGGCGGCCCCGCGCUGGCCUGGGCCCGCGGCUACGCGGCGGCGCUGGGCUCGGAGCAGAGCUGCCUCAACGAGUGGCUGGCCAUGGCCGACCUCGAGUCCGUGCGCCCCGCCUCGCCCACGCCCCUCCGGCCGGCCAUGCCGGAGCUGUCGGAGCAGGCGGUGCGGGCGCUGCUGCGGGAGGUGAUGGCCACCGCCGACCUGGAGAACGUCACCUCCAAGGAGGUGCGGGAGGAGCUGGAGCGGCGCACGGGGCACAGCCUGGCCGAGCACAAGGACUUCAUUGACAACGAGAUGCUGCUGGUGCUGGCGCAGAUGGAUCGGCCUUCCCGCGUCUUCCCGCACCUCUUCCUGGGCUCUGAGUGGAACGCGGCCAACCUGGAGGAGCUGCAGCAGAAUAGGGUCACCCACAUCCUGAACGUGGCGCGGGAGAUUGACAACUUCUUCCCGGCGCUGUUCACGUACAUGAACGUGCGGGUGUACGACGAGGAGGCGGCCGAGCUCCUGCCCCACUGGAACGACACCUUCCUCUUCCUCUCCCGCGUCCGGGCGGCGGGAGGCCGGGCGCUGGUGCACUGCCGCAUGGGGCUGAGCCGCUCGGCCGCCACGGUGCUGGCCUACGCCAUGAAGGAGUUCGGGUGGCCCCUGGAGCGGGCGCUGCGGCACGUCCGGCACUGCCGGCCCGGCGUCCUGCCCAACCCCGGCUUCAUGCGCCAGCUCGACUUCUACCAGGGCAUCCUGAGCGCCAGCCGGCACAGCAGCCUGUGGGAGCCGCGGGCGGCCGAGGUGCCGCACCCCGAGGACGACACCGCAAGGGACACGAGUGGCCUGUCCCCGCUGUGCUCCCCGCUGGCGUCCCCACAGCCCUCUGAGGAGGAGGCAGCUGCAGGGGGGCUGCUGGGGACCUCCCGGCGCCCCCGUAUCUCCCUGUGCUCUGUCAUGCGGAGCAUCAGCCUGCUGGAAAACCCCGAGCCCCUGGAGCCGCUGGGGGAGCCCCUGGCCGGGGAGGUGUUUGAGGCCUCGGAGGAAGCAGAGGGUCCCUCCCCGAGGUCACGACCCUCGUCCCGCCCGCGCCGCGUGGUGCGCCAGGCCAGCCUGGAUGGUGGCCCCGCUCCGUUUUGUGACCACACCCAUAGUGAUGACCACACCCAUGCACCUGGCCACGCCCACACAGAUGAACCCACGCCUUAAUUUGGGGGGCAUGAGACAGGACCUACUCACUGCCAUAGCAACAAGGGGAUGGGCGUGGCCUACGCAUGUGGGCGUGGCCGGAGAGCCGGAACGUCCCGCCCACGCCCUGCCCGCACCCUGGGGCUGGGACGUGCCUCUGCCCCAGCCCCACGCACACAAACACCGACACUGCU